AUGGAUUCUCACAACUUCAAUUCCUCCUCAUCAAUCAACUCCGGUGUACUUAACACGGGCGCUUACCCGCAGGGCGGCGGCGCUUCCUCUUCCACCGUCGCCCCUAGGCGUAACUACACCGCGAGGCGGGCGGCGCUGGAGUCCGGCGCCGCCGCCCGAGGCCCUUGUGGUGCAUGCAAGCUUCUCAGGAGGAAAUGUGUUCCGGAGUGCAUCUUUGCACCCUACUUCGACCCCAAUGAGGGAACCGCCCGGUUCGCCGCCAUCCACAAGGUGUUCGGGGCUAGCAACGUCUCCAAACUUCUCACGCACAUCCCAAUGGACCGUCGCCCCGACGCCGCGAUCUCCAUCUCCUACAAGGCGGAGGCCCGGAUGUCGGACCCGAUUUACGGCUGCGUGUCAACAAUUCUUGCAUUGAAGCAACAGGUGGCAUCUCUUGAAGCAGAGCUUGCGAUGGUGAAAACCCAGAUAAUGAUCAGCAGAUUUGCAGCGGAAAACAACUUUCUUCUUCAAACCCCUCAGCAACAGCAACAGGACCAAAAUGCAGCAAUAAUGGAGCAGCAGCAGCCUGUAUAUUUCAACACUUCCUUUGAUUCAAACAGCCUGCUAAACUUAACCAAUUUCACCACGAAUUACAACUAUAUAGGGGAAGCCACACCCCCUAACCCACAGUCUUUUGGUCCCAAUAUUCAGCCUCCACACCCCCCCUUGCCAGACCAAGAACAUAGCCAUUAUUGCCCGGUUCACUUCACCAAUCACAUCUUCCGUUAA